ACCACGAGCCUGACAUUCAGUUAAUUGGUGUCUCUGCUGUGGAGUUAUCCUGCGCAAGACUGCGUGUUUUUCAGCACCACAUUAACUACAGUGAAGUGGGUGGGGAGACAAAUGACAACUUCUGGCAAACACUAGUAUUAACAUUACAAAAAAAAAAAAAACCCUGCAAAAGCAGGUAAAGGGAACGAGUUAAAUAAAAAAAACGGUAUGUUUAAAACAUGAAGACUUUACAAUACCUUGAACCAGAGACGCAUCGGAGUCAGUAAUUAUACGGACCUGCUGCACGUCACCUUUGUUUCUGUACAUCACUUCAGUAAAGUAAUGAAGUUAUAGUAAGCGAUCUGGCAAUUGUAGGUUUUUAAAUAAAACGCAAUAAGUUUGACGCUGGAGAUCACCUUGGAAAAUAAAAUGGGAGAACCUCUGGUAGCCCAGGCACAUCCACAAUGUACACAGGGAGCUAUUUUAUCUGUUGCCUGCCCAGCCUCCUCUGCACAGGCCCUGUGUCAAGUUACCAAUGUAUAUGUCCUGAAGGCAAUGAACAUUUCAAAUGGAAGCAACCUGGACAAAUCAUUGCCAGCAAAUGAUAAGUUCAACAACAUCUACAUUGGCUUGGUCCUUGCAAUGAGCUCAAGUGUUUUUAUUGGGUGCAGCUUUAUACUCAAGAAGAAGGGUCUCCUGCAAUUGGCUAAAAGGGGAACAACUAGAGCAGGACUGGGGGGCCACGGUUACCUCAAGGAAUGGAUGUGGUGGGCUGGACUUAUUACCAUGGGAGCAGGGGAAGUAGCCAACUUUGCUGCCUAUGCCUUUGCACCUGCCACACUGGUCACUCCCUUAGGUGCACUGAGCGUUCUCAUAAGUGCAGUGCUUUCCUCCUACUGCUUGGAUGAGCAGCUUAAUAUUCAUGGUAAACUGGGCUGCAUGCUGAGUCUUCUGGGAUCAACAGUAAUGGUAAUACACGCUCCACGAGAAGAAGAAAUAAAAACUUUACAUGACAUGGGAAGCAAGCUGAAAGACACAGGUUUUAUAGUUUUCGCCACCAUUGUAAUCACAAUCUCAUUGGUAUUGGUGUGUGCCGUUGCUCCAAAAAAGGGACAAAGCAACCUCUUGAUUUACAUCUCCAUCUGCUCUCUGAUUGGAGCCUUUUCUGUAUCUUCUGUGAAGGGCCUGGGUCUCGCAAUCAAAGAGCUACUUGAAGAAAAACCAGUAUACAAAGAUCCAUUGGCCUAUAUUCUUCUAGCGACAUUGGCGAUUUCAGUUAGCACCCAGAUCAACUACCUCAACAAAGCGCUGGACACCUUCAACACAUCAGUAGUGACACCAGUGUAUUAUGUGUUUUUCACCACAGUGGUGGUCACAUGCUCUGUAAUUCUUUUCAAAGAAUGGAACAGCAUGAGUGUGGCAGACAUAUUUGGCAACCUCAGUGGAUUCUGCAUCAUAAUCAUUGGCAUAUUUCUCUUGCAAGCCUUUAAAGACUUGAACUUUACAUGGGAGCUGCUACCAACUUCAGCUAACAAGGGCAGCUAUCAUGUAACAAUGAGUGGACCUGAUGACCAACAACACAAUCUGUUGGAAAACAUGGAUAAUCAAUGCAUUGUGCAUGAGAAUGAAAAUAUAUAUUGCUGUAAAACAGAACAGCUAGAGGAUAGCCACUAAAACAUAUUUAAAGGUCCCUCUAUAAAAUGUUUAUGUGAUUGGUAUGGCACCAGACACAUUUUUGCUUGCACAUUACAUUGAGGACCUGUUAUAUAAAUAUUUUGCUCCAGCACAUAAUUUUUAUUACAUUUUCUCUGAAAUAAAUAUAUAUAUAUUAAUAUCAUAUUGUUCAUAUUAUAGAGCUAUCAAAUGAAAUUAAUUGCGCAACACAAAAUGAUGCUUUUCCCCAUAAUGUUCAAUCUACACAUUUGUUGAGUACUAAUUCAUGAUAGUAAGACAUCUUCUGGCAUUGUGAAUAUAUAUGAAUAUCUAAUAGUUUGUCAGAAUGUAAUCUAUUCAAAUCACUCAUAAAACCCAUUACCAUUUGACUUUCAGACAAUACUUCACUAAGACACAACUCUUCUGAGGAGUGUCCAAUAAUUCCAUUUCCGCGUUCCGUGAUUCUAGAACAAAUCACUCAAAGGACAAUUUGAGUGUUGGUGAGAAAAUUGAUUUUAUAUUACACGGUUGAAACAAAAAUAAAUAAGUGCAGAUAAAAUAUGAGUAGGUGGUCAGUAGUUUGGUGAUAGGUGGGUUAAUAUAAACCUCAAGGUUUUUGUCAGCCUGUUAGGUUACUUCUAUAGCGAACAUUAUCGUGCGGUAGGUGAAUUCCAAACCUAAAAGAUUUGUCAAUGUAUAACAACACCUUGUUGAACCACGGGGAGACAGACACUGAUGCUAAAUUACAACAGAAAAAAAAAAACGUUUUUAAAUAUUGGACUGUCUCUGUAUGUUAACAAACUUUACAUUUAUACUUUUAUGUAUGUAUAACUUUUGAAUUUUUUAUAAUAUUGUAGUUUUAUAAAUGUACAACCUAUAUUAUUAUUUAAUAUUAAUUAUCAUAAUAUUGAAUUUCUCUGUUGUGACUUUUUUUCCCAGAAAUUAACUGUGUAUCACUGAAAUUAAUUAUUGUAAAGGUAUAUUGUGAAUGUUAUAUUCUAUGGCUUGUAUAUAAUAAAUGGUAUAUGCAAUGAAGUUAUUUU